AUGGCCUUAAGGCAAAGUAUUGCGGAUCCUAGCCCAAAUCUUUUCAGGCCAUGUUCCAACUUUCUGGGGUGCACAGUAAGUCCUAGGCGAGACCCAUUCAAGGGGACCCUUCAUAACUCUACGUAUGGCGCUCUUAGAAGGGACCUUUUGAGAGGGUCUAUAUCUCCAAGGGUCCCCAAUCCUAAGUCUAGUAAGCUUCAGCCCUUACCUCCGGCAUCGCCAGCCAAAGUUCCUGAAAGGUAUGCCUCCGGUGAGGACAUCCUCCCGUUUCCGGAGAUCAAGUGCAAUGAGAUUCUCACAAACCCAUUCUUGAGCCAGGUGGACAACAGGACGUUCGUCGAGCUGAUUAUGGGCGGCAACAACGACACAUCGGAGAGACUAGUCAGUGAGAGCAUGGACUAUAUCGUGAAGAUCUUGCGGACGCCAGACAUGACGCAGACCGAAUCCGGCAUCAUGGCCUUCAACGAGACCCUGGUACGAUGGUACUAUCGGCUGAUGAAGUUGGAGUUCAGCUACUGCUACGAAGCUGCACGAUUCAAGCUGCAGUCACCAAGCGGGCGCGAGUACAAUGCACUGCAGUUUGGCGGAACAAUGGACCUGGUCCAGGAUAUCGACGUUUUCCGCCGCGCAGUCGGUGCACCGAAACUGUCCAUCUAUGGCAUGUCCUACGGCACCGCAGUUGCUGGAGUCUAUGGGACCGUCUUCCCAGAGAACACGCAGCACCUGAUUUUGGAUGGCGUGGUGGACCCUUUUCCCGACGUUCAGCAAAGAGGUGACCUCUUUGCAAAAGGCAUCACCGCAACUUUCAAUGGUUUCGUCAAAGCAUGCGACCAGACCAUCCAACUGAAUCUAAGCAAAGACGAGAUCUGUCCAGCAGCGCCACUGUCCGAAACGAAGGCGAUUAAAAUGAUUCAAGAUUCAAGCCAGCCCUUCCGAGCAGCACUCCUUUACCUACUUGCAGACCUUGCCAUCUUUCAGAAAGGCGGUGACGAGAACAUCGAAGCAGUGGCGGCGUUGUUCCUGGCUUGCGUUGAAAUGUAUUGGUCCGGAGUGGACUCAGAGGACUGCCCCGCUUUGCUUGAGUACCUCGUACCGUCGGACGACGCACCAAUCAUACUCAACGAGGACCUGUUUGACUUUGGAAUGCAGGCCAUGGUGAUGGGCACCGACACUGCCGGCAGGCUGAACGAGGAAGCCAUGAUCCAGUGGUGGAAGGAAUCAAUGGCGAAGCAGCCAAUCGGCACGCCAUGGGCCUUGACGUGGGUAGUUGGCAUUAGCACUUGGCCUGCCGAUGCACGGCCUGUGCCACCCCUCGGCAAUGGCCAGGUGAGUCCUGUGAUCAUUGGGAACUUGCAUGAUCCGAACACUGCUUACACCAGUGCUCAGUUAGCUCGGAGCGCCUUUCCUCGGGGUCAUCUUGUGACCUACCAAGGCUACGGUCACUGCCUCGACAAGUCAAAAUUGGCCGGAUUAGGCAAAGAGCUCUACGAUUCCUACCAGCAGGACGUGGCCAACCACCAUCUUUCGACCUACUCGAACCAAAUGGCACUCUAUGCUUGCUCAUCGCGCAUCUUGAACUACAUCGCUACCGGGGAGCAGCCCCUCGAUGGGCACACCUGCCUGGUCCCGCACCCACUUCGCACAGGAAGUGCAAUGGCGAUGAAAGGCAUGGAAGUUCUUUUUGCGUCGUCUUCUGAACAGGAGGAGGAGUACGGCGAGGAGGCGGCCUUGGACAUUGGACCGGUUUCUCAGCAGCUCGUGAGGCCGGCGGCCCUGCCCGCACUGGCCACGAAAAAAACCAGUGCGCAGGAGCCUGCGGAGAUCGUGGCUGAGCCCGUGGCUGCCGAGCCUGGGGAGCCUGUGGCCGCUGAGCCCGCUGUUCAACCCGUGGCGGCUGAGCCUGUGGAGCCUGUGGCCGCUGAGCCUGUUGAGCCUGUAGCUGCCGAGCCCGUGGAGCCUGUGGCUGAGCCUGUGGCUGCCGAGCCUGUGGAGCCUGUGGCGGCUGAGCCCGCUGUUGAACCCGUGGCUGCCGAGCCCGAGCCUGUGGAGCCUGUGACUGAGCCUGUGGUGGCUGAGCCUGAGCCUGUGGCUGAGCCUGUUGAACCCGUGUCUGCGGAGCCUGUGGCCGAGGAAGACAAGGAAAGGGUGCCAGAGGUUCAGCAGCAGGAAACGAUGGACUUUGACGAGGGCGAAAAUGACCCCAAUGCUCCCUGGAAUCACAUGGAGAAGAACCCUCUAGACACUGAGGAAUUCUCGAAUAUCUCCUUGGACACACUGGAUGAAGAAAUGAAGGAACGCCUUGCGAAAGCGGAGGUGCCUGAUGAUGCGAAGUCCGACAUCGAGGGGACGAAGCCUCCACCGCUUGAGGUUGCCGCAAUGCCAGCCGCAGCCCCAGCCCCAGCCCCAGCUCCAGCCGCGGCCGCAUCCCCAGUGGCCGCCGAAGCAGCCGCUGAGCCCGUGGCGGCUGAGCCUGUGGAGCCUGUAGCUGAGCCUGUUGAACCCAUGGCUGUCGAGCCUGUGGCCGCUGAGCCCGUGGAGCCUGUGGCCGAGCCUGUUGAGCCCGUAGCUGCCGACACUGAACCCGUGGCUGCCGAGCCUGUGGCGGCUGAGCCUGUCCAGCCUGUGGCUGAGCCUGUGGAGCCCGUGGCUGCCGAGCCUGUGGAGCCUGUGGCGGCUGAGCCUGUCGAGCCUGUGACCGAGCCUGUUGAACCCGUGGCUGCCGAGCCUGCUGAGCCUGUGGAGCCCGUCGCUGCCGAGCCUCAGAUUACCGAACCCGUGGCGACCGCUGCCGAGCCUAGGACGGAGCCUGCGGCCCAGCCUCCGACCCAGCUGACAGGUGCUGAGCUGGCGGCGGAGGAGUCGAUGAAGGAAGAGCCGACCUAUGAGAUGGCAAGUCCCGGCGCAGAGAAGGAAGAGCCCACUUUUGAGAUGGCCGGGUCACAGUCCGAACCGAGCGACGAGGCAAAGACAGAGGCUUACGAGCUGGCCACCGAUGAGAUGAUGCCUGAUGCCCCAGCUCAUGCGGCUGUUAACAGCCACCAAGAGUCGGAGUGGACCACUGAACCCGGUGCUGUGAUGGACAGAGUGUCGGCUCCACAUGCGCCGGUUCCUUCCUGGCCUGAAGCAUCGAAGCCCGUUGCGGCCUUGCGUUAG